GAAACCCAAGAUGACUCAGCACUUCUGUGGCUGGAUGAAAUACAAAAAGGGAUCAGCGAUGGCAAUAACAACAUAAAAGAAGCAUUAAUCUUGGCUGUUGGAACAUCAGUGACUAACAAGUGCUUGGAGAAUGGUGAUUCACAGUCAAUCCUGAUGGUACUGCAGUCCAAGUUUGGAUUAAGAGUAAUUCCUGAGUGUGCUGAAGCCUACUUCAGGAACCUCUCUGAAGCCAAAAACCUGAAAACUACAGAAGGUUCCAGUGAAGGUCCAUGGAUUAAACUUGUAAUGAAAGGCAUGUAUGAUUACUAUUACAAUGUGCAAAAUGAGGAAGGUACCUGUGCUGCCCCUGUAGGAGUUGUACCAAAAACUUCAUGGCUAACUGGUGAAGAAAUCCAGAACAUUGUUGGGCAAGUUACAGCAGAUUACAAUCGAGAGCAGCUCUGGCUUGCUAAUGAAAAUCUCAUUGUUCAGCUGCAAGCCCGAGCAAGGGGAUUCCUAGUCAGAAAAAACUAUCAGGAGAGAAAAGCAUAUCUUCAAAACCAGGAGCCAUCUGCCAUCAAAAUACAGGCUUACUGGAAAGGAUACAAGCAAAGGAAAAGCUAUGUUGAAAGAUUAAAGGUGCUUCAAGGCAACGUUGCUGCUGUUGUUAAGAUUCAGUCAUGGGUCAAAAUGUGGCUGGCAAAGAGAGCUUACAGGAAACGUCUGCAAUACUUCAAGGAUCACAAUGAUCAAAUUGUGAAGAUACAAGCAUUUCUCAGAGCAAACAAAGCCAGGGAGGACUACAGAACACUAAUUGGUGCUGAAAAUCCACCCUUGAGUGUUCUGCGCAAAUUUGCCUACCUCUUGGACCAAAGUGACUUAGACUUUCAAGAAGAGCUAGAAGUGACGAGGUUAAGGGAAGAAGUGGUUACCAAAAUUCGAUCCAAUCAACAGCUGGAAAAGGAUUUGAACUUAAUGGAUAUAAAGAUUGGAUUGCUGGUGAAAAACAGAAUCACUCUUCAGGAUGUGGUACUGCACAGUAAGAAACUUAACAAAAAGAGCAAAAGUCAGCUGGAGGAGAUGGUUAUGGUUGACAAACAGGGGAUCAAAGGUUUGAGUAAAGAGAGAAGAAAGAAGCUGGAGGCUUACCAACAUUUAUUCUACCUGCUACAGACCAAUCCCACAUAUCUGGCAAAGCUGAUUUUCCAGAUGCCACAAAACAAAUCAACCAAGUUUAUGGACACAGUCAUCUUUACUCUAUACAACUAUGCCUCCAAUCAGCGAGAAGAAUAUCUGCUUCUCAAACUCUUCAAAACUGCUCUAGAAGAGGAGAUAAACUCUAAGGUAGACCAGAUUCAGGACAUCGUUACUGGAAACCCUACUGUCAUUAAGAUGGUCGUCAGCUUCAACCGAGGUGCUCGUGGGCAGAACACUCUGCGCCAGCUCCUGGCCCCAGUGGUGAAGGAGAUCAUGGAUGACAAGUCCCUUAUCAUCAACACUAGUCCUGUGGAUGUGUACAAGUCAUGGGUAAACCAGCUAGAAAUGCAGACUGGUGAGGCCAGCAAAUUGCCAUAUGAUGUAACCACAGAACAAGCAUUGACACACACAGAAGUGGUCAAUAAACUGGAAUCAUCGAUUCAGAGUUUGCGAGCAGUUACUGACAAAGUUCUCACAUCCAUAUUCUCUUCUCUCAAUAUGAUGCCUUAUGGAAUGAGAUAUAUAGCCAAAGUUCUGAAGAGCUCUCUCCACGCAAAAUUCCCAGAUGCGACAGAAGAUGAACUACUAAAGAUUGUUGGCAACCUUCUGUACUAUCGCUACAUGAACCCUGCCAUUGUUGCUCCUGAUGGUUUUGAUAUCAUUGAUAUGACAGCUGGGGGACAGAUACACCCUGACCAGAGGAGGAACCUAGGCUGUGUGGCCAAAGUCCUCCAGCAUGCUGCUUCUAACAAACUCUUUGAAGGAGAGAGUGAACAUCUGUCAUCUAUGAACACUUACCUCUCACAGACCUACCAGAAGUUCAGGAAUUUUUUUCAAGCAGCAUGUGAUGUUCCUGAACCAGAGGAAAAAUUCAAUAUUGAUGAAUACUCUGACAUGGUGACCCUUAGCAAACCUGUCAUAUAUAUCUCCAUUGAGGAAAUUAUCAAUACCCAUUCACUACUAUUGGAACACCAGGAUGCCAUUGCCACUGAGACUAAUGACCUGCUGAAUGAAUUGCUGGAAGGCCUGGGACCUGUUCCUGACAUAGAGUCUUUCCUUG